AUGGAAUACCAGCAGCGUCACAUGGACCCUCAGCAGCAGUGGGGCUACUGGCCGCCGCCGGCGCCGCACGCCGCUCCUGCGCCCGCGCCGGUGCCCGCGCCCAGGAGCAAGAGGACACACUCCGAGAGCGAAGAUGACGCGUUCUCCGAGGAAAGCAGUAAAGAUGCGCAAUCCCCGGGCGGCGACUCGUGCCAGCUGCUCACGCGCAAGCGCCGCCGCGGCGUGAUCGAGAAGAAGCGGCGCGACCGCAUCAACACCUCGCUUACUGAACUCAAGCGACUGGUGCCCGCCGCCUGUGAGAAGCAGGGCAGCGCCAAGCUGGAGAAGGCAGAGAUCCUGCAACUCACUGUCGACCAUCUCAAGAUGCUGCAUGCUAAAGGUCUGGACACAUUCGCGUACGACCCUCAGCGCUACGCGAUGGACUACCACAGCAUCGGCUUCAGGGAGUGCGCAGCCGAGGUGGCGCGCUACCUGGUCUCCUGCGAGGGUCUCGACAUCCAAGACCCGCUCCGCCUACGACUCAUGAGUCACCUCCAAUGUUUCGCCGCACAGAGGGAGCUCGCUGCGAAAUCCGCCAAUUGGGGUACACUGCCCUCAGGGUAUCCGCAAUACCCCGCAACGCCUGUCCCCGCGCAGCAAAAUUACACCGAGUUACACAGACAAGAGCCCAUAGCUUCCACCGCAUCGACAACUGUUGCAGCGCCAACAGCGAUCGCAGCGCCGUUAACAGCAGCUCCCAGUUAUCCCCAUCAUUAUCCCCCCGCUCCUCCCGGACCCCCCGGGCCUCCCGGCCCUCACCCAGCACCCCCCGCGCCUCAUUACCCUACCCCCUACCCCCAUCAUCCACCGCAUCAUCAGUACCCCCACUCGCAGAAUAGUUCCAAACCGUACCGACCCUGGGGCGCUGAGCUGGCGUAUUAA